AUGGACCGGAUCAUUUUUUCAACUUCACUCAUUAAAGUUGGCCUGCACAUUCACCUUGCUUACGAUGGCACACCAUAUCCCAGCAGCAGCACGGAUUACUCAUCCGAUGUCUUUCAAUGGUCAGAUACCGAUGACGAUAUAGAUGAUGAUUACCCAGAGGGACCUUUCAUUCCACUGGUCAGAGACCCGGAUCAGCCAGCAAUAACUGUGGUAGACAAGUCCGGUGUUCACUCCCUUUCCAUAUGUUAUUGCCACUGCCCUGGUGCUCUCAGCCGAGACAUGCAGCUCUUUCAAGCCGGCUUGUUCCCGGCAUCUUUCACCAGACCAAAAACUGCAUUCACAUUCGCUGUCUUGGACAACUUUCUGUUAGACAAUCUCGAGUGCGGUACAUCGGCCAUGAAUUACUACAGCAAAAUUCGCAGACUAACACCGAGCAUCUUUCCACUAAUGGUUCCGGAUCGCUACAGAGAGCUCAUGAGAGCCGCCAGGCAGUGGCGACAAUGCAAGCUUUACAAGUGGCAUGGAUUUGCCCACAAAGAUGACCAGCCAAAGGACGGCGAUCUUGCCCUAUUUUGCCCGGCAUGUCCACAACCGGGUAUAAACUUGGACCUGUCUACCGGUACAGUCGCCCAGUCAGAUGAUACACCUUCCUGGCUCAUGACUAGAUAUUUGGUCAUGGAUGGAAAUUUCAAAGCGGAGCACAUGCAUCCAGUGAAUCCAUCCGACGAAGUAUCAUUGAUGGAUGGCCUGGGAUUCAUGGCCACCGGUAUAGGAGGAUGUGCAUGUGCACGGCAUGGAUGUUUCGUCCCCACAUUCGAUGGUGGACUUUCAGAAAGGCAAAAGACAGACGGAAUCUCUCGCGCCAUUACAUUCUAUGACAUAAAUUGUCAGUAUAACAAGUAUUUGAAGGACCAGAUCACUUCAAGCAUGUAUCUUUCCAUCCCCAUCGGUAUGGAUAUCAUUCCUGGAAUAGGUUUGUGGCAUGUCCAUGGACAUCAAGACAGCUGCUUUGUCUGGAUAGAUGGAGAGAUCAUGGAGACCCUCUGGGCUCCUAUGAAUAUAAUCUCUCCAUCGGCCAGGGGCAUGGGAACUCCCCAUCGCAAGGAGGUAUUGGAUUAUCAGAUGAAUGAUUGCAACUUCAUGAAAAUGAUUCGUAUAACCAAGUUUCUGUCCAGGAAGUUGAAAGAGGCUAUCAAGGGUGCUGCGGAGAGCAAACUUGCGUUUGAUAAUCUCAAUGAGACAGCCCAGCCUGACAUGGUCAUUAUAUGGAAGGAAGAGGAGGCACUCGCUCAUGCAAACAGAGCGGAGGAUCCUGCAGCUAUGGACAUCUAUGAGGUCCAGUUGGAAAGGGGCAAGUCUCCAACAAGAAAACAGCAGGAGUUGCGCCUGUUGCAGGCUCAAAAUCACCCUGAACAUCCGGUCAUCAACCCCCCUGGUCGACGAGGAGCUGCCACUUGGCUUGCAACCGGUCUCACUAUAGAGGAAUCCCAAGUAUCUCUCUCCAGGGAUGUGAAAAGGUUAUGA